GUCCCCUUAGGGCUCUGAUAUCUGUGGUGACUUGUCUACUCCAACGCACAACAUGUGGCAGCUGCUACCGCCAACGGCUCUGCUGUUUCUAGUUUCAGCUGGCACGCAAGCUGCAGACCUCCCAAAGGCUGUGGUGCUCCUAGACCCUCAAUGGGACCGGGUGCUCAAGGAUGACCACGUGACUCUAAAGUGCCAGGGGGACUACCCUCUUGGAGACAAUUCCACACAGUGGUGGCACAAUGGGACUCUCAUCCCAAACCAGGCCUCCAGCUACUUCAUCACAGCUGCCAAAGUUGAGGAUAGUGGAGACUACAAGUGUCAGACAGGCCUCUCCACACUCAGCGACCCGGUGCAGCUAAAAGUCUACAUGGGCUGGCUGUUGCUCCAGGCCUCUCGGUCGGUGGUCCAGGUGGGGGAGCCCAUUCAGCUGAAGUGUCACAGUUGGAAGAAAACUACUGUACAAAAGGUUCAAUUUUUCCAGAAUGGCCGAGGCAAGCAGUUUUCUUAUCAGAAUUCUGACUUCUACAUUCCAGAAGCAAAACUUGAACACAGUGGCUCCUACUUCUGCAGGGGGAUUAUCGGGAGUAAAAACGAGUCUUCAGAGGCUGUGAACAUCACUGUUCAAGGUCAAGAAAAGCCACCCACCAGCUCAUCAUUCUUUCCACCUUGGCACCAAAUCACUUUCUUCCUGGUGAUGGGACUCCUGUUUGCAGUGGACACGGGACUGUAUUUUUCUGUGAAGAGAGCCCUUCGAAACUCAAAGGAGGACUGGAAGAAUGGCAAAGUCACAUGGACUCAGGGCCCUCAGGGCAAAUGAGGGUAAUAAAAGCAGCAUCCCCAUCCCAUGGGGGUGAUAAAAGAAGCAUCUCUGAACCUCUUUCUAAAUUCACAGCCCCACCAUGCCCAACAGGCAUCUCUGGGAGCAGCAGGAAAAUUACACCUCAGACUCCAGGCUGAGGGUCCUUCACCCAACUCUGUUUUCUCUUGUCUCCUAUGGAAAGGAAAGGACUGUGAUCUUCAAGUGCCAACAGUGAAACCCCAGUGAGCAGCUGCAUUACCAGGAAUAGAAGUCUCAGAGCGACAUGGAUGCUUUCUCUAUUCUAACCAUUCCGUCCCAGCAAAGCAACAAUACAGACUCUUGAUGAUUACCCUUAAUGUAUGAAUAUUGUCCUUAAAUAAAUGGAUAUGUAAAUAAGAGAAUUCAUGGUUGAGAACCAGCUGGAUAGUAGUCUGCAUCUGUUGCUUCAGGGCUGGCUGCCUUCAAGGCACCCUAAAACUCCUUCUAGACAGACUGUGGGUAUGUCUGGGGGGUCUGGGGGAGACAGCAGAACCAUUGAAGAGGGUGGCUAAGAAAGAGCAGGGUAGUCCAGGAAAGACCAGAGAAGACCACCACCUGGGCUGUCUUCCUAGAAUAUGAGCCAUGGUAGAUAGAGGUAAAAGGAAAUCACAGAGGUGACGUCGAAUAGAGUUUUUCAGGGGAGCCCAUGUCAGAAUUGGGAUGGUCUGCAAGUAUACAAUGAUCAACCCUCUUAAUGUCAUGAGUAGGACAUGGUCCAGGAAGGGGUGUAGGGGUUGGAGGAUUUAGAAAAGAAAGCACAGAAUAAGGCCAUUGGAAGGAGAGCAACAUUGUUGUCCCGGAUUAAGCCCAGUGAACAGAGAUACCUCCGCAUCCAAACAGAGAAAGCAUGAGAAGAAGUCAACCACAACUGCACAGGAAGGAAUGGGUAGGAGGUGAGAAUGCUUUUACUGGGCACAAUAGUGAGAAUUAGAGAGCAGUGGCAGGGACUAUAAAACCAGCUUUUCCGUUUUAGUAUCUAAUUCAGAUAUAGCUUUGAUCACAUCAUUCUUUAAACAAAUGUUGGAUAACCAAUAUUAAAUGUACUGAACUCUACUGAGUUAAAUUACGAAACUUUGAAAUCCCUCAGCAUGUCAGUAACAAUGGAGUAGAGGUGGAGAAGGCAAUCACUGCUUAUCGCAGUGAUAAGCUAUCUCUCUUUGUGUUUCAGAAGUUUUAAAUAGAACCAUUUCUUGAUUUCAGUAAGGCAUUUUACAAGAUCCUGCUUCUACUGUCAGGCAGAAGAUGGAAACGCCAUGGUAAUAAAACAAGAAUGAAAAAAAUCCUUUUUUCCUCCCAGUGUCCAAAAGUCUAUCAAUUCUAUCCUGAAACGGAGCAGGACCCUAUGGUCCUUGUCCCGCAUGUCCUCUGCCUGCCUUUUGUCUGUGGAAAACCUUUAGCCAAAGAAUAAGUUUAAUCAGAGAAGUGAGAAAAUGCAGAAACAAAGGAAAACAGUCAAAGGAGACCAAAUUAUAAUAGUUUAGUCAUUAAGCGUAGUCAAGGACCUUUAGUUCCUCUCAAAGGCUAUAGAUAGUAUUCUGAGCCAUUUCCUGUGAGUUGUCUUAUAGUUACUGAAACCCAACCCGGUGGAAAGAGUUAACUACGUGAUGUCCAGAUUGUAGCCAUGACAAAAUUCCACAAUUUUGGAAUUGUGGGAUUCCAAGAAUUGGAACUGCCACAAGAAUUGGAACUGCCACAAUUCCAAGAAUUGGCCUCACGGAAAUGGGAACAAACCGACCCUCAAACUGAAGACGAACCGUACUUAAAACAAUCAAGAUGAUGCUGCUUAGACCACCCAUGACCAAUUUCAAGAUGACUGUCAGAGCUGACUGUGCUGUUUCUGCAUGUAGCCCCCUCCUGCAGCCUAUAAAAUCUCUUGCCCACUGAUUGUCAGUGAGGGGAGUCGGCCUUUGGACAGGGUCCACCCCUCCCCCCAGGUUGCUGACAUCCAAAAUAAAGCAAACUUUCUUUUCCACCA